GCUUACCCUUCUCAUUCUCUCCAACUCUACAACUCUCAAACCACACUCUCUCUCUCUCUCUCUCUCUAUCUUUGCUGUACUUUCUUUCUUUAUAGAAAGAAAAAGAAAAAAGAAAAGAUGUUGCUGGGGAAGCGUCCACGGCCACCUAUCAGAAGAACAACAAGCAUGUCAGGCAUUAACGUUGAUCUUCCUAACAUCGAUGCUCUAGAGGCCUCUGAUUAUCAAAAUCAUCAUCCGAAUAACAAUAAUAAUCAUAGUAAUAGCAGUAACAAUCAUAACAGCCAGCAAUAUGGUUCAUACGAAUACGAUCAACGUUUUUUGGCUGCCACCAUGUUAUCACCAAGAAACGUCCCAACAAGAAGAAAUUCUGCUGAUUACUUGGAAACUGCUAAUUUCUUGAGGACUUGUGGCCUCUGUCAACGCCGUUUGGCUCCUGGGAAAGAUAUUUACAUGUACAGGGGGGAUACAGCCUUUUGUAGUCUAGAGUGCAGAGAAAAACAGAUGAAGCAUGAUGAGAGAAAAGAAAAGUGUAUUAAUGCUAUUAUGGGAUCAAAGAAGGAAGAUCGCCAUGCAUCACCAUCCACAACUAAUUCAGCUUCCAAAUCUUCUUCUUCUUCUUCUAGGAAAACUGAGACUGUGGCUGCUGCUUGACUUGGAAGACUGUAGACAGAUAUAAUAGGCAUGGAGGGAGGGAGAGAGAGAGAGAGAGAGAGUGUCCAUUGGCCCAUCAAGCUCCAUUAAUUCACUGAACCCAUCAACAAAAAUCAUUUUACAUGAUGAGUUAUAAUGAUGAAAGAUAUUAUGAUUAAUUAAUAAUUACUUUUAAUUGGGUUAAAUUAUGUAAGAAAAAAGAAAAGAAAAUGGCAGGGGGUGCUGUUAUGUAUGGAUGCUUCUUAAUGGAGAUGGUAUGCUAGGCUCUUUGAAUCUGAAAGUUUCUUGUUUUUAUUUUGCCUA